CAAAAUAUCCACUAAGCACAGCUUUGAGAUCAACCCAUACUAGGCCCAGGAAAGAGGAGGAAAGGGAGAAACUUCGAGAUGGUACUCCUCGCUGGGACUCCAUUCCGAUCCCUCUUCCCCCCCAGUGCCGUCGCCGCCCCACGACGGACCGCCACCGCGCCGCCGCCUCUCGCCUUCCACCGCCGCUCACCGCUCACCGGAGCCCUCUUAUUCCUCAGUCUCGGCGGCGUCGCGGGGUGCGUUCUCCCCUUGCUCCGGGUAAGAAGUUUUAGCUCUGCUCAAAUGGAGUCUGCUUCAACCACUGUGCCUUCCAUUGUCGUGUAUGUGACCGUUCCAAAUAGGGAAGCAGGCAAGAAGCUAGCUGGAAGCAUUAUCAGUGAGAAGCUUGCUGCCUGUGUUAACAUAGUGCCUGGUGUUGAAUCCGUUUACUGGUGGGAGGGAAAGGUGCAAAGUGAUGCUGAAGAGUUGCUCAUCAUCAAGACAAGGGAAUCUCUUCUAGAUGCCUUAACUGAACAUGUGAAAGCCAACCAUGAAUAUGAUGUUCCUGAAGUCAUCGCGCUGCCCAUAAAAGGAGGCAACCUGAAGUACCUUGAGUGGCUCAAGAACAGCACUAGGGAAAACUGAUGUCUCCAACAUGCCUGGUAGUAGAGUGACUUGCUCCUGAGGUGGUGCUUGUGCUGUCAGAUGUGGCAAGAUGCUACGCAUUUGUCACAUCCUCCUCGCUGCCUCCCAAGUUGAAUGAAUUGCACUGCUGAGUAUGGGAGGGAGCCUUGUACAUGAGAUCCUCUCCUUUGUGUUUGUGACCAUACUGUUUCUUUCAGUUUAAUUGUUCAGUGGCACAUCUUCCCAUUGUUGUGCCAAUAAACGCGUUCAGACUUUCAGCACUACUCCGUGGCCCUUUUCUGUGGUCGUACAGUCCCAUAAGCAGUAGGUGCGCAAAAUAAUUGCUGUGGCCGCAAUCUAGAACACUCAAAUCAUCACAUGUUUGCAUA